ACAAGUGAUGCCCAACUAGACGCUACACAUGUAAAUAAAUUUGAUUUGUGUCUUGGAAUUGUGAUUAAUAUACGUGAAAACACGCAAGCAAAAUUCGAAAUGUUUGAAGAUUUUAUUCAAAAACAUAGUAAAGCGCGUUUUCAAGAGAGAAGAUAUGUUGUCAUGUUUAAUUCUACGAAAGAUAAAGAAUUUUAUCAAUUCUUUGCAAGUAAUUAUUUAAAAUUUGUGAGCGAUAUGCUUGUGGUUAAAGAUAUUCCAGAAAGAGAGGGUGAAUUUGCAUUGUUUACACAUCAAUUUGUUGGCUUGGAAAACAAUGAUAAGAUAGUUUUAAUAAACGAAUGGAGUGCAAUAUCACAAAGUUUUGCAUCAAAUUCGACUUUGUAUCCAGACAAAUUAAAGAAUCUUCAAGGGAAACGGCUAAUCGUAGGCGGCGAAAAGUAUUUACCAAUUACUGAUCCAGUCAACUUAAAAGGGCCAGAGACAGUAUUACUUGUGGAGUACGCUAAAAAACAUAAUAUAACUUUGCUUUUUGACACAUCUUUUGAUUAUCUUGGUGUGUUUCGUUCAAAUUGGACCGGGACAGGGUACAUGGACACUUUACUACAAGAUAAAAUCGAUUUAAUAGCUUAUGCUGUAUAUAUCGAAUAUAGUCGCACAUUAUUUGGAGAUUUUUCACGGCCUCUAUGUGAGAUAAGAGUUACAUGCAUCGUACCUAAACCAAGGUUAAUUAACGAAUGGAUGAUAUUUAACAUCUUUACAUAUGGGGUUUGGCUGCUGAUUGGGGCAAAUAUGAUUGCAAUUAUGAUAAUUUUUAAAAUAUUAAAAAUCUACUUUAAAUGGAUUGAAUGCGGCGUUGCCGAUUCUAAAAAACUUGAGUAUUUAAUAGCUUUUCGAAUUUUACUAGCUCAACCUUCAAAUUUAGCGACGAAAACACUAAUGGAACGUGUAUUCUUUUCGGUCUUAUUGUCGUGCUUUAUUUUAAUACAAACUUUUUUUAAUUCCAAGUUUUCUAGUUAUAUCGCCGUACCCACAUAUAUUGACGAAAUAAAUUCGUUAGCUCAGUUAGCAUCAAGCGAUAUACUUUGGUAUUCAAAAUUUAAUGAUAAAGGGAAAAUAAUUAGCACAGAAACGACAGAACCUAUGGUAACGCUAUACAAAAAAUUUCGCCUAGUUCAAAAUCAAAUAAGUGACAUUCAUGAUGAAAGAUAUGCAUAUGCUGUUGACGAAUCAUUUGCAAGCCAUUUUUUCACCAUUGAUGAUUAUUUUACAUUGCAACACUUAGAAGAUUUUAAAGUAAUGAAAGAAUAUAUAAUCGGACAUCAAUAUACUGCUUUCUUGCUGAGAAGAAACUCAAUAUGGCUUAUUGGUAUUGAUAAACUAUGUGCAAUAGCAAUGGAACAUGGAUUAAUCAAAUAUUGGGAGAAAGAUGCAAUAUCAGACCCACUGGAACGACGUAUUCAAAAUUAUUUAGGUUUAGCACGAACCACCACAGAAACACCAAAAAUCAUACAAUUGGACUUGAGACUGUUCCAAAGUUUUUUUAUUAUCUGGAGUAUUGGAUUAUUUCUUGCCGCAGUUGUAUUUAUUUUAGAAUUAAAACAGUUUAAAUGUAAUUGUGACAUAUUCAGCGUGAAUAUCAGGUAA